AUGGUGGACGCGGGCGGCUGCGCGGCCGGGGAGGGCUGGAGGAGGAUGGAGGCCGCGCCCGACGGCGCCGUGGACAUCGUGCCCCUGGACCGCUACGACUCGGCCCGCGCCAAGAUCGCGGCCAACCUGCAGUGGAUCUGCGCCAAGGCCUACGGCAUAGAUAACAUCCCCGAGGACCUCAGGGACCCCUUUUACAUUGACCAGUAUGAGCAAGAGCACAUCAAACCGCCUGUCAUCAAGCUCCUGCUGUCCAGCGAGCUUUACUGCCGUGUUUGCAGCCUCAUCCUGAAGGGGGACCAGGUGGCCGCCUUACAGGGACACCAGUCUGUCAUCCAAGCCCUGUCCCGGAAAGGGAUUUACGUGAUGGAGAGCGAUGACACCCCUGUGACGGAUCCCGACCUCAGCCACGCGCCCAUAAAGAUGAGUGCCCACAUGGCGAUGGUGGAUGCCCUCAUGAUGGCCUACACCGUGGAGAUGAUCAGCAUCGAGAAGGUAGUGGCCAGCGUCAAGCGCUUCUCAACAUUCAGUGCCUCGAAAGAGCUUCCAUACGACCUCGAGGAUGCCAUGGUGUUCUGGGUCAACAAGGUAAAUCUUAAAAUGAGAGAGAUAACAGAGAAAGAAGUUAAGUUAAAACAGCAGUUAUUGGAAAGUCCAGCUCAUCAAAAGUCCCCCUCCAAGUGGUACUGGAAGUUAGUGCCCGUGCGCUAUCGCCGAGAGCACCUGUCCACAAGGCAGCCACCCUACUUCCCAUUGUUGGAGGACCUGAUGAGGGACGGCAGCGACGGGGCUGCUCUCUUGGCUGUGGUCCACUACUACUGCCCAGAGCACAUGAAGUUGGACGAUAUAUGCUUGAAGGAGGUAACGUCGAUGGCUGACAGCCUGUACAACAUCCGGCUUCUAAGAGAGUUCUCAAAUGAGUAUCUGAACAAAUGCUUCUAUCUCACCUUAGAAGACAUGCUGUAUGCUCCCUUAGUGUUGAAGCCGAACGUUAUGGUUUUUAUUGCUGAGCUCUUCUGGUGGUUUGAGAACGUCAAACCGGAUUUUGUUCAGCCCAGGGAUGUUCAGGAACCGAAAGAUGCUAAAACAGUGUCACACCACAAGAGCAGUCGGCCUCCCAUUCCAAUCUCCAACGCCACCAAGCGCAGCUUCCUGGGCAGCCCCGCAGUGGCAAGCCCGGCCGACCCGCAGCCACCCACUCAGCCGCCAGCCGAGGGCGGCCCCAGGCAGCGCCUGCGCCCCGAAGAGCCUGAGCACCUGGGGAAAGGGGCCUCUGCCUUUAGCCCGUCCCACCCUUUACUGCCCCUGAGACAGAGACAGCAGAAGGCCGUGCAGGGGGAGGGCCCUCCUGAUCAACGACACCGGUCCAAUUCUUUAACCCGAGUUGACGGGCAGCCACGGGGGGCAGCAGUAGCAUGGCCAGAAAAAAAGAACAGGCCUGUGUCUCAGCCAGCACCCUUCGCCCUGCAUCAUGCUGCCAGCUGUGACAUGGACCCUGGCUCUGGUGACAGCGUCAGCUUGGCCCGCUCCAUCAGCAAGGAUAGUUUGGCCUCUAAUGUCAUUAACCUGACUCCGCAGAACCAGCCACAGCCCACAACGCUGAAGGCUGAUGGGCAAAGCCUGCUGAACAAUGUUGAUAUCGAGGAUGAGGACGAAGAGCUUGUGGCCAUCAUUAGAACGGAUGUGGCCCCCCAUGGCGGUGAGCGGGGCCUGCCGACAAGUGCCAGGUCUCCCCACAGACUUGCAGACACGCUGGAAAGUAAGCCUGACAGUUUCUUCCUGGAGCCAUUGAUGCCGGCUGUGCUCAGGCCAGCCAAGGAGAAGCAGGCCAUCGCCAAGGAGGAAGAGUGUGGAGAGGGGCGGCCACGGAGUUUCACGUCCAAGAGGCCCAGUGAGGGCCACCAGCCCCUGGUGCGCAAAAGGGCGCCCAGCAGUCACGGCAGCCGUGACUUGAGUAGGACUUUCACUCCGAUCCCCUGUCCAGAGCUGCCUGUGGGCAUGGAUCCUGUGCCCACUGAGACAGGACCGCAGGCGGCAGGGGACGGCCGCGGUGGGCUUCUGGCCACUGGUGGUUUCGAUCUGUUACCUCAGGGACAGUCUACUGACGGCUUCUUUCUUCACGUAGCCAGAGCCGAUGAAGAUGGCGAGGGCAGGUUCUGUGUUGGCUGUGCCCGGAGCCCUGGCGCCCACGACCUAGAGCCGUGGCCCGUCCUGAGGCAGGACUCUGACUCUGAUGUGGCCGACUUGGACGAAGCUGAGCAGGAUCUCAUUGGCGAGGACCACCCCGUGCUCAUGGGCAGGUAUAUCGGUGAGGAGGAGUCGGCAAAGCUGCAAGAGGACAUGAAGGUGAAGGAGCACGAAGACAAGGACGAUGCUAGUGGCCGCUCCAGCCCAUGUCUGAGCACCGUGUCUCAGGUUAGCAGCGUCUCCAUGGCCAGCGGCAGUGUGCGAAUGACGAGCUUUGCGGAGCGGAAGCUCCAGAGGCUCAACAGCUGUGAGACCAAGUCCAGCACCAGCAGCUCCCAGAAGACCACGCCUGACGCCUCGGAGAGCUGCCCGGCCCCUCUGACGACGUGGAAGCAGAGGAGGGAGCAGAGCCCGAACAGACAGAGCAGGGAGCAUGCCAGCCUCCUGGCCUCCGAGCUGGUGCAGCUCCACAUGCAGCUGGAGGAGAAGCGGAGGGCCAUUGAGGCGCAGAAGAAGAAGAUGGAGGCUUUGUCUGCCCGGCAGCGACUGAAGCUAGGGAAGGCCGCCUUCCUGCACGUGGUCAAGAAGGGGAAGGCCGACAGCGCCCCCCAGCCCCGGAAGCCCGACCACUUGACGGGGGACUAUGCCCAGCACAAUGGAGAGGACUUUGAUGGUGGAGUUUCCAGGACGGAAGAGUUCCUCCUGAAGGAGGAGGGGAGGGAAGGCGUCCUGCCGUCUCCGGACGUGGACACAGAGAGCCUGGUUCUCCUUCAGCAUAAAGUGAAAGCCCCUGCCACCCUGCACGAGCUGGAAAAGACCAAAGUGCUCUCCGCUGCCCUGCUGGAAGAUGCUGGUGAGGCGGUGGAUGUGAGUGAGUGUGACCUGUCCAUCGAGAAGCUCAACGAGACCAUCAGCACGCUGCAGCAGGCCAUCCUGAGGAUCUCGCAGCAGCAGGAACAGCUGCUCAUGAAGCCCCCUGCAGCCCCCGCCCCGGGCACAAAGCCGAACACCCAGGACCAGAAGGUCAGGACGGCGAUCCACUUCGUGGAGCCGCUCUCUCCCCCUGGGACGACAGGUCACCGCAAACCACCUCGUCUUGGUCAGGGUCAGGGCCGAAACUCCCGCUCAGGGAGACCGGCUGAGCUGAAAGUACCCAGAGACAGACAGCAGGCUUCCUCCCGAAGCAAGACCCCGACACCCAGUAUAGAGACCCUCCCUCACUUGCGGUCCUUCCCCCCUCGGACCCCCUCUGACCCAGGCUGGGACAGCGUGGCCGAGCCUGGAAACGACCCUCAUGAGAAGUGCUUCUUUGACAGCUACAGGCUCCAUGAUGAAAGCAACCAGCGGACAUUUGUCUCGCCUUCUUCCAAAGACGCAAACAUCCUGUCUGAACAAAUGAGCCUCAAAGAAGUUCUGGACAGCAGCGUGAAAGAGGCAGGUCUCAGCUCCCCUGCUGUCUCAGGGAAGGAGAAUAUCCCUGCAGAUGAGCCCCCGAGGGGCAAGGCCAGUCUCAUUGAAGUGGACCUCUCAGACCUAAAGGCCCCUGAUGAGGACGGAGAGACAGAGGGCCCCCAGAGCUCAGUGGAUCUCACCAGCGAAGGUGAUCAGAAGCCAGGGGUCGGCUUCUUCUUCAAGGACGAGCAGAAGGCAGAAGAUGAGCUUGCUAAGAAGCGGGCGGCCUUCCUCCUGAAGCAGCAGCGCAAGGCCGAGGAGGCGCGUGUGCGGAAGCAGCAGCUGGAGGCGGAGGUGGAGCUCAAGAGAGACGAGGCCCGGCGGAAAGCGGAGGAAGACCGGAUUCGGAAGGAGGAGGAGAAGGCGCGGCGGGAACUCAUCAAACAGGAGUACCUGCGCAGGAAGCAGCAGCAGAUUUUAGAGGAGCAGGGAUUGGGGAAGCCGAAAGGGAAGCCGAAGAAGCCGCGGCCCAAGUCCGUCCAUCGGGAGGAGUCAUGCAGCGAUUCCGGGACCAAGUGCUCCUCAACUUCCGACCACUUGAGCCGGGCCCAGUCGGGAUCCAGCCUGUCCCUGGCCUCUGCAGCAACCACCGAGCCUGAGAGUGUGCACUCUGGGGGCACGCCUUCCCAGCGAGUGGAAUCUUUGGAAGCCUUGCCCACGCUGAGCCGCAACCCCAGCAGGAGCACGGAUAGAGACUGGGAAACAGCGUCGGCAGCAUCCUCUCUCGCCUCUGUGGCCGAGUAUACAGGUCCCAAGCUCUUUAAGGAGCCCAGUAGCAAAUCAAACAAACCGAUUAUACACAAUGCCAUUUCUCACUGCUGUUUAGCAGGAAAAGUGAACGAACCUCACAAGAAUUCAAUAUUAGAGGAGCUAGAGAAGUGUGACGCCAACCACUACAUCAUACUGUUCCGUGAUGCCGGCUGCCAGUUCAGAGCACUUUAUUGCUAUUAUCCUGACACUGAAGAGAUCUACAAAUUAACUGGCACGGGGCCAAAGAGCAUCACCAAGAAAAUGAUUGACAAGCUGUAUAAAUACAGCUCAGAUCGAAAACAGUUUAACCUGAUCCCAGCCAAAACUAUGUCCGUCAGCGUGGACGCUCUCACAAUUCACAACCACUUGUGGCAGCCCAAGCGGCCCGCGGUGCCAAAGAAGACCCAGACUCGUAAAUGACACCGGUGCCGGCGGGCGAGUCUGAAGGAUGUGUGGACAGGAUUCGUAUUUAUUAUUUUCAUCCAUUGGGGUACGAAGUGUGCGUAGUCACAGACCUUUUCCGGAGAGGCUUCUGGUGAACAGCAGAGGUGCCUCCCUUGGCUCCAGGCAUACACACAGGAUGCUGGGAGGAGGAGGAGGAGGCACUGUGUUGAGUGGCUCAUGGAUGCCGUUGCCGCUGCCAGCCAUGGAGGGUCAGACAAGGGGUGUACGUAUGGUGGGGUCUCCAGGCCGUAGACCCUAUACUUGAAGUUCUCUUCAUUGUGAAUGGAAAGUGAUCUCCUUCGCUUUCUUACCUCCUGCCCCCUCCCCACUUGCACGUGACCCGACGCCCCUUGUGCUGGCCGACUGUAAUCCUGUGAGGCAGUGGGGCCGACGCUUGGUCUUGGGUCAGGGUGGUUGAAUGUCUUUAGGAAAAGAAUUCAAAUUGGGGAAAUCUUGUUCAUUUGAGAAAUUGUAUGAUAUUUAUUGAUUGUGUCUACUGCCAAUGUUUAUAUCCAGUUCUAAGAUUUCUGAAAACAAAUUCUUGUUCUUUGCUGCUCAGAAAACGUUUACUGAAAAUACCAGUUCACUAAAAGCACUGAAAAUCUGCAAAGUCUGUCUUCUGCUAAGAUGACGUUUACAGACGUGGAGAUGAUUUCUUGCUGGCACGUGAUCAUGAGGGUGGCAAGUGGUACUGUCAGCCAGUGUCUGCCCGAGUGGAAGUAGGCAGACUGAGCAAAUUACAGCCAUCGCUCAUGGAGUUUUGGAUAGUCCUCUAAUGAUUUAUUCACUUUAAUAAAGGCAGAUUUUGGUAAAGUAGAAUAUUUUUCACUCUGAGGAUGUUUCUCUUAAGAGGUGAUGCACUUAAGCUGAUGGUGGUUUUAGUGGCUUUAUCAUGUCAUGAUUCAUCUGUCUCGAUUCUUGCUUCUGAAGAGCAGCAUGCCCUAAGAGGAGGAGUGUGCGGUUCUCCAGUUAGGUCGAUCCUUUUGUUGCAUAUUUAAAAACAAUUUAAGUGGUUAUUUGCAGUUAUUUUGGAACUCCAAGUGAGUGGAACAGCUUCGGGUUCUGUCCAUGUUGGUCCAGAUGGUCAUUAACGCCUCUCCCGACCAGAUGCUCCCGGGAGGUGGGCGUGCCCUGCCCCUCCUGGUCCUCUCACGGCCGCAGUCCUGCCAACGCUGUGUGCCUGACCAGCCGCUCUGAGCCUUGAUUUCAGCUCAACUGCCGAAGAUCCUGGAGUCACUUACAUUAGUUUUGCACAUGUUCCUUGGGAGUAUUACUUGAAUUUAUCUCGAACUGCAGAAAACACUAAGAUUGUUAGAAAAAGGCAGAUGUGGCUGCUUCCUAACAUUAGGAUGAAAGGUAAGUGAGUUCUGUACCUCGGGAAGGAGGGAACAGGCUCUGAAACACAGGAAGGAACUGUGGGCCAUCUUCCCACUUCCUCCCCGUCUCCACCCUCCGUCCCCCGGUGGCACAUCGGUCUGUCAGUCCCGCAACAGUGGCAGCCCUGUCUUGUAAAUACAUAGUGGGGGCCAGGUGAUUCCCAAGCUCAGUGCUGAAGGGUCCUGAGUUAACGUUCUUGUUCCCAUGCUGUUCACCUGUGUGCUUUAUUUCUCAGUGUAUGUUUGAUAUUCUUUAAUUAUAUUUAUUUUAAGAAAUCACUAAAAUGUAAUAAAGUAACGAACCAAUUGGCUUUUUAUGAAUCAUA